AGCUUCCCUUUUCCCUCCUUCUUCUUUUUACUAUCCGACCACCUCGUAGUCGCUGACAGCUCCUGGCGGACGUGCAGGCAGGAUGAUAGCAGCUCAGCUUCUGGCCUACUACUUCACCGAGUUGAAGGAUGAUCAACUCAAAAAGAUCGAUAAGUACCUGUACUCCAUGCGGUUCUCCGACGAGACGCUUAAGGACAUCAUGAACCGGUUCCGUAAGGACAUGGAGCUCGGGCUCGGCCAUGACACCAGCGUCACCGCCACCGUGAAGAUGCUGCCCACCUUCGUCCGGUCCAUCCCUGACGGAUCAGAAAAGGGAGACUUCAUCGCUCUGGACCUCGGUGGGUCAAACUUUCGGAUCCUGCGUGUGAAGGUGACGCACGACAAGAAGCAGCCGGUCCAAAUGGAGAGCCAGGUCUAUGACACCCCCGAUGACAUCAUUCACGGGAGCGGGACGCAGCUCUUUGACCAUGUCGCAGAAUGUCUCGGCGACUUCAUCGAGAAGCAAAAAAUCAAGGACAAAAAGCUUCCUGUCGGAUUUACGUUCUCCUUCCCCUGCGCCCAAACCAAACUGGACGAGGCGGUGUUGGUCACAUGGACAAAGAAGUUUAAAGCCAGUGGAGUCGAAGGCAUGGAUGUUGUAAAGCUUCUGAACAAGGCCAUCAAGAAACGAGGGGACUAUGAAGCAGACAUCAUGGCGGUGGUGAAUGACACCGUCGGUACCAUGAUGACCUGUGGUUUCGAUGAUCAGCGCUGUGAAGUUGGCAUCAUCAUAGGAACGGGGACCAACGCUUCCUACAUGGAGGAGCUGCGUCACAUUGACUUGGUGGAAGGAGACGAGGGUCGGAUGUGUGUCAACACUGAGUGGGGAGCCUUCGGGGACGACGGCUCCCUCGAGGACAUCCGCACAGAGUUUGACCGCGAGAUCGACAGAGGCUCCUUGAACCCGGGGAAGCAGCUGUUUGAGAAGAUGGUCAGUGGGAUGUACAUGGGAGAGCUGGUGAGACUCAUCCUGGUCAAGAUGGCCAAAGAGGGUCUGCUGUUUGAGGGCCGGAUCACCCCCGAGCUCCUUACGAGAGGGAAGAUUGAGACCAAGCAUGUUUCCGCCAUUGAGAAGACGAAGGAAGGACUGAAGAAGUGUAUGGAGAUCCUGACGAGGCUCGGCGUGGAGCCUUCAGAUGAAGACUGUCUGGCCGUGCAGCACGUUUGCACCAUCGUAUCCUUCCGCUCGGCAAACCUGAUCGCUUCCACGCUGGGCGGCAUCCUCUCUCGCCUGAAGGAAAACAAAGGAGUCGCACGCCUCCGCACCACCGUCGGUAUCGACGGGUCUCUCUACAAGAUGCAUCCUCAAUACUCCCGCCGUCUACACAAGACCGUGCGUCGCCUGGUCCCGGACUCAGAUGUCCGAUUCCUGCUGUCCGAGAGCGGGAGCGGCAAAGGCGCGGCCAUGGUGACGGCGGUGGCGUACCGUCUGACGGAGCAGGCGCGACAGAUUCAGCAGACCAUGGCGGAGUUCAGGCUGAGCAAAGCGCAGCUGUUAGAAGUGAAGAAACGAAUGAGGAUGGAGAUCGAGCGAGGCCUCAAGAAGGACAGUCACAAGGAAGCGACAGUCAAAAUGUUGCCCACCUUUGUCCGAAGUACACCAGAUGGAUCAGAGAAUGGAGAUUUCCUGGCUCUGGAUCUCGGUGGGACAAACUUCCGAGUGCUUCUGGUAAAGAUUCGUAGCGGGAAGAGGCGAUCAGUGGAGAUGCAUAACAAAAUCUAUGCCAUACCCAUAGAAGUCAUGCAGGGAACAGGAGAAGAGCUCUUUGACCACAUUGUGCACUGCAUCUCCGACUUCCUGGACUACAUGGGAAUGAAAAGUGCUCGUCUGCCGCUGGGCUUCACCUUCUCCUUCCCCUGCCAUCAGACCAGCCUGGACGCAGGAAUCCUCGUAACCUGGACCAAAGGCUUCAAAGCCACAGACUGUGAGGGGGAAGAUGUGGUGGAGCUUCUUCGGGAUGCAAUUAAGAGGAAAGAGGAGUUUGAGCUGGAUGUUGUCGCCAUCGUUAACGACACCGUGGGAACGAUGAUGACCUGCGCUUACGAGGAACCGACCUGUGAAGUGGGGCUGAUCGCAGGGACGGGCAGUAACGCCUGUUACAUGGAAGAGGUGAAGAACAUCGAGAUAGUCGAUGGAAACUCGGGUCGUAUGUGUGUCAACAUGGAGUGGGGGGGCUUCGGAGACAACGGAUGUUUGGAUGACAUCAGGACGAAGUACGACCAGGCAGUGGACGAGAACUCGCUCAACGAAGGGAAACAAAGAUAUGAGAAGAUGUGCAGUGGCAUGUACCUGGGAGAGAUCGUCAGGCAGAUUUUGAUCGAUCUGACCAAGCGUGGAUUCCUCUUCCGGGGACAAAUCUCCGAGACGUUGAAGACCAGAGGCAUCUUUGAGACUAAGUUCCUGUCGCAGAUAGAGAGCGAUCGUCUGGCGCUGCUGCAGGUCAGGGGCAUCCUGCAGCAGCUGGGGCUCGACAGCACCUGUGACGACAGUAUCAUCGUCAAGGAGGUGUGCGGCACGGUGUCCCGCCGCGCGGCUCAGAUCUGCGGAGCCGGGAUGGCGGCCGUGGUGGACAAGAUCCGUGAGAACAGAGGACUGGAUCACCUGGACGUCACCGUGGGCGUCGACGGCACGCUCUACAAGCUGCACCCACACUUCUCUCGGAUCUUCCAGCAGACGGUUAAGGAACUCGCCCCCAAAUGCGAAGUGAACUUCCUGCUAUCGGAGGACGGCAGCGGCAAGGGGGCCGCUCUCAUCACCGCCGUGGGCUGCCGCCAAAGGGAGCUGGAAGCACAGCAGCAGCACUGAGAAGCUCCGCCCACUCUGUCCUGGAGAAGAACUACCUGCUGCUUCACCCACCGCACAGCCCAAAUCCAUCUCCCCUUGGCAGCCGUGACUCCACCUCUGCCCCACCUGGCCCCCCCACAGCCAGAGAGACAUGCUGCAUGCAUAGGGAAUUAAAACUGAAUAUCUAAAUAUUUAUUUAUACUGCACCAGAGGGUUUUAUUAUUUCCAUGUUUGUACAUUUUCCUCGAUAGCUUGUCAAUAAUCUGAUAAAUUCAAACUCCUUUAGGCGUGCAAUAUUUGUGUAUUGCUAAUUUUAUUUUUAUAUGGAGGCAAAUAUAUAAUUGUAUUUAUAUAGCUGAGGCCACUUUGAAUCCCGGAGGUCAUUUAGACACAAGAAAAAAUGUCUGCACUUUUUAUAUGAGAGUUACAGCAGCAGCAGCAUUUCAAUGUAACUUCCAAAUGAAAUGAAGGACGUCCUUCUCGCCCGAAUAAUGAUGUAAAAACUCAUUUUUACAGGCGAGCCGCUGGUUCAACUAAACUAAACCAGUUCCAAAAAACUCGCUGCAAAGGGUCGAAUGCAAGAGUCACGGCUGUUAAAAAUCAUCCUCAUCUUAUGUGCAAACACGCUCACAUAAUGUGCUAAGCUUACUAACCCCCCCCCCCCCUCCUCCUCCCCCCCUCCACCACUAUCGACCCCCUUUUUUUGUGUAACUGUAAAUGUAAACUCACAUAUUAAAAAGUAUUCCAGCAGCACCACGCCAUUUAUUCCUCAAGAGCUGAGAAGGUAGAACAAAAGGCCCAGCGGAAGUGUUUAGCGUUGUUGAUAUUUGUGAACUUACUAUACUUUCGGUGUUGUGAUGAAUCCAACUUCUACUCAUUGUAUAUGUGCAAAAGAAUAAAUGUUUAUUGGGCCCCAAGAAAAAAAAAAAGAGUGGAUAUUAUGAGCGCUUUUUGUGUGUAUUUGAGUGUCAGUGUGUCUUUCUGUAUAAUGACCUGUAGCUUUUCAAUGUCCAAAGCUCUGUGGAGACUGCAUGCCUUACAUUAAGACAAAGGAGAGUACUGGAUCUUAUCUUUUUUUUUUUUUCAAUCUUUCUUUCUUUCAUUUUUUUUUUUUUUUUUACAUCACUUUAGAUUUGUGAUCGACACGGUGAAAAGUGAAUUCAUUAAAUUAUAUUUUGUUGUGGAG